CUUCGCUCUCGUACUACGGUGCUGCAGAUUAUGCCGCAUUGCCGCAAACGCUCGUCAUCGACGCGACCCGGGGGUCGCGUAGCAGCAACGGCAGCGCACAGCAGCAGCAGCGGCAGCGACAGCGACGGUGACGACGACGACAGCAACAGCGGCGACGAUACGAGACGACGGAAUGUUGACGCAAAACACGGUUCGCAGAAGACUACGAGGACCACGAGGCCGGGUCGUAGAUGAGAUUAAAGAAAAGGGGAAAAAAUAAGAAAAAAAAAGAAACGAAAGAAAUAUAAAGAGAAAACGAAACGAAAGUCCGCUCACCUUGAUCUCCGUCAGGAACCUGACGAUCGGCAGUACGAUGAACAUCCGCCGGCUGCCCGGUUUCAUGUAUCACUACAAACUUGCGACGGUCCUCCUGACGUCCAGCCUGUUACUCGUCAUCUAUCUGCUUCUACAUUGGGGCAUAAUGUGCACGAAUCUCGAGGCCUGGCGUCACGUAUCCACCGUGGUGAGUUUCACUGGAUGUUACUCCAAUCGGAAAACGGCCCGAGUGAUAUCGCAUUUUCGAACGCGAUAACGAUUACGCGAAAGGAGAAUUCGGAGAGUUCCGAGAGUUGGCACAGGGUGAAUACGUCGAGGUAGUGAAGGUGUGCAAGUGAAUCCUGCGCCGCCGGCUUAAGGGGGUGAGAGAGCGAAACGGACGCAAGCGUACUCUGCCGCAGCCUCCAGAAUGGAAGAGUGCAACCAGCAUCGAGACGGUACCGCGAUGGGAAUUCUCUGCGAACCACUGUGCACCGAAAAGGGAAUACACUCUCUAGCAUGCGAGACGCUCCAUGCGGGCAAGGAGGCCGUUUUCUCCGCGCAUUGGGAAGCGACGCGGCUUGUAUUCAAGGCUUCGAGGACGAAAACACCUUCCGAGCAAUUUGAAUCGCUGUACUGGGUAGACGCGACCGAUUCACGGCACUUUCCAUCCGAGGAGGACUUUAUUACCAUGAUCAAGGAUUUGGUUAUCAAUAAACUGAACGUGACGCUCUCGCAACAUCAGCUGGAAAGACUCGGCCGGUUGCGCACCCAUCGAAUCGAGACAGAUAGCGUGAGACGUCGACUGGAGAUGGAGAAUCUCUGGCCGUUGCUGCAGGAAAAUGAAUACCUAAUGGCGAUUUUGUACGAAGACAGGGAUGUGUUUCCGCAGCCGAUCGGCACGUGCGGCACGUUCUACGCAGUCGAGUACGUCCGGCCGAUCGAGACACCCACUACGGUACUGGCUUUGUCCGAUUCGAAACCCGAGUGGGCCAAAAGGCUGAAACUCGCCGUGAUGAUCCUUAAUUUACUCGAGGAAUUGAAAACGAAAUUUCCCGAACCGCUUUAUCUUUGCGACGUGAAAAUUAACCAUUUUGGUUUGCCCUUGGGCGGACAAAAACUCAAAUUCUUAGAUCUGGACGCAGUCUUUCCCAAGACCAUUAUUGAUCGUGUCAUCAGUGACAGUAAGAGCUGCGAGAAGCACGAGGACUGUGAUUACUUCGACUGCCGGUCGAUUUGCUCAAAGAACAAGCGUUGCGAGUCUCCGGUUCUCAAUAAUAAUUUGCAGAUUAUUUGCGAGAAAAUUUUUCUUGGCUGGACGCUCUCAGGGACGAUAAUUAUUCCUGGGUUGCUCAUGUCGGAACAUACUACCAGCACAUUGGCGGUAUUAUUGAGACAAUGCGCUAAUCCAACCGGCGACACUAUGCAUUUACCACGUGCGGCAGCGUCAGACAGCUUACAGAAACGACUGCACAACAUGCUGAGCGAGAUGGAACAAGAAUAUUCAGCAUUUGCGUGAAAAAAAUUAGCACUAAUAAAAAAAUUAAUUAGAAGUCACAAAAUCAAGUACUUUCGACGAUAAUGCUAUAAAUUUACGAUGGAAAAUAGAAAUAUUGUUUUUAGAAAUUAUCGGGACCGUAAAUGAUAACAUUUUUAUUUAAAGUUAAAAAUCAAUAUGUACAAUCGCAUACUUUUAUAUUAUAUGUAUAUUAGUUAUUUUUUUUCAUUGUAUGGACGAUCUCUUUCUUAACUAAUGUACAAACUUUUAUUUUAUACUACAAUAUAACAAAAAAUCUGAUCGGAGGCUAGUGAUGCUAAUAGAAACUAAAGCUAUAUAUACUUCAUAAUUAAAUAUUUAUAAUAAAGAAAAAUUAUAUAAGUAUUUAAUUGCAUAAACAUAAUAUAAUAAAUAUCAGAUUUAUUAGAUUGGCAAUUGCAUGGUUGAAUUUGUAAGUUGAUAUUAAACAUUAGAGAAAAGCUAAUUAGAUUAUUUAAUAAAUUUACAAAUGUGCUUAAUUAGAAGAUAAAAAAUGACCAGUUCCUAGAUAUUUCUUGCAUAGCAAAUAAAGUGAUAAAUAAUAUGUUAUAAUAUUAUAUAUUUAUUAUCUAUAUUUUAAUAUGUUAUAUGUAUAUAUUUAUAGAAUAUGUUUUUGCAAUCUUAUCACAUAUGAAUGUUACACUGCUUUAUACAUAUUAAAUUUCUGCUUUAAACUUACACAAGAUCUAUUAGAUAGGUAAUAUUGCCAACUCAAAAUAGAUAUCAGAAACCAUGAAAUUUAUAUAAUGAUUUUUUUGUUGCUUCCUCGAUUUAAUUUGACGUUCUUUAUAAUUCAUAUAUAAUUUUAAUAUUUUUUUAUUAUUAAAAUGCUUUACUAAAAUUUAAUUCCUUAUUUAAUUAAGAUAGCUGACCAUGUAUUGUUAUGAUGUCAUAAAUGCCUUAUAACGGAAAGGUACCUAAAAUAGGGAUAUAUUCAAGAUUUACAUGCUAUAAUAUUUAAAUUUUUACUCGUGAUUAAAAGAAAAAGAAAGAGUAUGUAUUGUGUAUGCGUGUAUUUGCGGUCACAAUAUAAUUGUUCAUCCUAAUGUAGUAUUAAAAGAAUUUACAAAUAAAAUUUUUUAAAUUUUAACAAUA